AUGGAUUUAAUCCCUCGAGUAUUCUUUAUACAGCCUGAUCCGAGUCUCUAUCGUGGAUACAAAAUUUGCACAGCUCGACUUGAACGCCUGGACAAAAAUCCUCCUCCGUACUUUGCGAAUUCGAAAACUGCCCUCGGCAAUGAGACCUUUGAGGAUGUGACAACAGAGGCAGAAUGCAGGGAACUACACGAUUGGCUAUGGACGAAAUAUCAAUUACUGGAAAGAGUAAUAAGGGCGAGAAGGUUGCAUCAUAGUAGAUUCUUCAGUCAGAACAUGGACUAUGGACAUGCAAAAUUUUUGGAUCAGCUCAUGAACCAGAAAACAUAUGUUACCAAGGCUCUAGAACGACUCGAGAGAAGAACUGCUGAGAUCUUGUAUAGGAAUCAACAAUGGUUCAAAUGGGUACGAGAAUGCCAGGACGACGAGGAAGCAAACCGAGAAAAGGAGCAAAAGAAAGUAAAACAAGAAGCACAGUUAUGGCAAAGAAAUUGGAAGCAGGCCAAACCAAGAAUGGAGGAGAAAAUGAGAAGGGAAGAGAAGAAAAAGCAAGAUACUUUCCUGGAGAAAGUUUAUAAAGAGAAGAUGAAGGAGGUAGAGGAGAAUGAGGGCACGGAUGAUGACAUGGAGUGGGAUCCUAUUGAAGAUGAACUGGAGGAUGGAAGAGAAAACUUUAUCGAUCUCAUGCGACAUUUUUUAUGGAUGUCCUCAGAAGAAGAACUCACAACCGAAGAAUCAAAAAUGGAUAAACCGCCCUCAAAUGAAAUCGACAAGAAUGAUUUGAUCGAGAAUAAUGUAGAAUCUCAAGAACAAACCAUUGACACAAACAGUCUCGACGAACUUGUAUCUCAAAUUGAGUCUUCUACUAUCUCCAAAAAGUCGAAGAAGAAAAAGAAGAAGAAUGGACCAGCUACAACUACCCCUCCUUCUCAGACAACCAAGGCAAGUAAAUCUACUGCCAAACCACAAGAGCUCCCUGAUAAAUCUCUCAUCGAAACCCGAGAGCACAUACAUCAUAGGUUGGCUCAUGGAAUCAAAAUUGACCUUGAUGAUGUUCAUGGGGUAAUGGUGGCUGGUACGGUAGAGAAUCCUCACGUUCAAAAAACAACCCGAACAUUUACCGAAUUUGAAAUCCAACGACUGCUCGGAGAGAUAUCAGAGAUCAAACACUUACUGUUCUGUCGGUUACUGCUUGGGCACGCCGCAUUACUCCCAGCAGCUCUUCGCGCUGAUAGCAUUGAGGCAUUCUUUGCAGAUGAGGAAGUGACUGGUACGGCCCUGAGAGAUGUUUGUCUCAAAAUGGAGAGACCUAGCCUCCAAGAAAUCCGCGAUGCAUGCGCAGAUUUCUUUCGAUCCGGAGAAGAAGCAGAAGAAGCAGAAGAGCAAGAUGAACGAGAGGCUCUAAGCGAUGACGCUCAUGGUCACGAAGACGAUGAAGCCACCCUUGCUGACCCUUAUGACGUAAAGAUGAGGUUGACACGGAAAAAGCGCGGUGAUUUACCUGGAACAUGGCGUUCAAAGCGAGAAGUUUCCCGAGAAAAGGCGGCUGAGAGUAUGCUUGGGAUGAUCCCCGGGAUGGCUUCAUCUAUGAAAGACAUUAUGGGAGGUGAGGAAGGGGGUGCGAUUGAUUUUGGUAAUUCCGAUAGCAUUCGGAAAGUACGCAAGAAGAUCCGCGUAAAGAUCUGUGGUAGGACGAUUUGGAAUUAUCCCAGUGAUAAAGCAAUGAGUCGUGGAGGGUGGUUACAUUUCUCCAUCAUUGCGAAGGAUAGUAACCUCAAUACUGCAAUCGAGCUUUGUCGGAAUUGGGAGGAGUUUUUUGAGCUAAAUAUCUUGGCCUGCUGGGGUUACUUCCCUGCGUCAAAUUGGGCAUCAUGGGUUGGGAAUCGGCUGAAGCAACAAGCAUUGCAAUUGGGCUUCAUCAUGUACUACGAAAGUUCAGAUCCGGAUGCCAAGGAGCUCAGUGUCAGCUUUUCACAAGGAGGUCGUAGCAAACAAACCCGACGUCAACAUGCUAUAUUCCAGGCAAGAAACGUGAUUUGUGCCCAUAUCAAACGAGAUGAUCAAGCGAGUCGCCGAUUCAUUCAAUAUCUAUCCAUGCAAACUCAUCGUCUAGUUUUACUUGUUAGAGAUGCUGAGAGUGGUAAGUUGUUAGUAAAACCUCCAGAAGAAGAGCGAUGGUUAUGGCGAGAAAAAAGUGGUCUUGGACGAGCUGUUAAAAAUGUCUGGAACGUUCUGAAAAGGAUCGGACCUGAAUUUUUCGAGGAAAUGGAUCGUCAUCGAGAGUGGAACUUUUCCUUCAAAGAUUAUUAUGAUAUUUAUGUUUGGGAUCUUGAACCUGGGGAAAGUUUGGCUGGACUGUAUAAUACUGUUCAGCAAAUGCAUAUCAAAGCACUUCGAUGCGGCAAGGGUAAAGACUUAUACAAACCAGCGGCCCCUAUAUUGAAGACGCUGUAUCGUGAUGAAGACAGCCAUUACAGAGAUGUUAGACCGGGAGAUCAAGAACAGUUCAUAAACCAAUGGGAUUAUCUUCAAGAUGGGAGAUCAAAAUUCUUUUAUGGCGACAUCGAUAAACCGAAUCAGCCACCGACUGAACUAACUGACUCAUGGCCGAGCAAUCUCUUUUAUAACGAGGCAGAUGCUCUGGAAGAUGAGGUAUUAUUCCCCGAGGAGCGAGCUCAGGAGGCACCUAAUGCCCAGGUAUCUGUUGGUAAAAAGGAUUCAUUGAGAGCAUUUGAGGAAGAAGACUUUUCCAUCAAAAGAUUCGUCGAAGGAACCUGGAAUUGGGAAUCAGAAGAUUCCGAAGAUGAUUCUCAUGGAAGUCCGAACGAUGAUGAAUUUGAAGAUGUGGAUGACGAUGAUGAUGAUAAUGUUGACCCCUUUCCGAAAGAUUUUCCCAAGAAACUUUGGCCGGUUGUACACAGACUUGCAGUCGAGAAGACUCACAAAGAUGAAUUUCCUAAUGAGGAUUUGGAGGGAGAGUUUAUGAAGUUCAUUGAGAAGACAACCUCGAGAAAGAAGGCGCUGGCUAAAAUAUACCCAUUUUUUAACCCAGAAUUCCUGAACUCCGAAGAGGGAAAGGCAUUCAAAAAUUCUUUGAUGUUCGACCAGGAGAAGCGAGCCAAGAGUUAUCCAGAUAUUAGAACAGACACAUCUACAAUCCAUCAGCCUAAAGAACUUUACGCCGAUCUCGAAAAGUAUCGGAGGCAAAUGAAGUUCACGGAUGAUUACGCAUCAUUCCCCCUUGAAUGGGAUAUGACAAUUCGACCUAUCAUUGCAAAACUUUAUAAGUCUGGUAUCAUUCGAAGUCAUGCAUCGACAGAAGCCAGUUGUCAGGCAUUUCAGGGUACAGAACCCAUUCGCCCUUCCAAACCCGACCUUUUCGUCGCUUGGCGUAUGCUUAUUCCUGACCUCGAAAUGCCAGGCUGGAUGGAAGAUCCCUCUAAAGUCCCACCCCUCUUAAGUACUGCCAAGAAGUUCUCAACUUCUCACCCCAAUGCCAAAUUCGCUCUACUUCGCUUAUGGAGUGCCCCAUAUUUCUAUCCCCUAACGGUUGGUCACGAUAAACGUGACGGAUUUACCUUCUAUGAUUUAAUAGGGCGCAUGUUCACUUGGUUAUUUGUUCCAAAAGAUCUGCCGAAUUCAGAGUUUAGCAUGCAUGUGACGUGUAAGAAACGGAUAGAACCUUUUCAGAAACAAUUCGGGAAUAAAGUGGUGCCGAAGAGAGAUAAAUAUUUGGUUAUGGCGACUGAUGAGAAAGAGCUGGCAAAGAUUGUAGCGGGUGUUACUUUUGCGGUUCAGAUGAGACCGUGGAGACAGGAGGUGGAUUUGUGGAGGAGUUUUGUUAAUGUUGAUUUGAAGUUUUUGGAAGGCUUGGAUGAGAGAUGGUGGGAGUGA